CGUCGGCUCCUUAACGGCCCGCAGCCGCCCCCAGCAGGUCUCCACGUUCGCCCUGACGCUGUACCAGCACCGCGCCCGGGUGGGCGGGCAGGAGGUCCGCGUGGACUUCUGGGACACGGCGGGCCAGGAACGGUUCCGGAGCAUGCACGCCUCCUACUACCACCAGGCCCAUGCCUGCAUCAUGGUGUUUGAUGUACAGCGGAAGGUCACCUACAAGAACCUGAACAGCUGGUACAAGGAGCUGAGGGAAUUCCGCCCAGAGAUUCCAUGCAUUGUAGUGGCCAACAAGAUUGAUGCGGAUAUGAAGGUGACCCAAAAAAGCUUCAAUUUUGCCCGGAAGUUCAGUUUGCCCUUUUACUUCGUGUCUGCUGCCGAUGGCACCAACGUGGUGAAGCUCUUCAACGACGCCAUCAGACUGGCUGUGGCUUACAAACAGCACUCGGGAGACUUCAUGGAUGAGGUCCUGCGGGAGCUGGAGAGCUUUGACCUACAGAAGACAAGCAAGGAUUUGUCAGAUAAAGGGAAGAGCUGCACUGAAGAGGAGCCCUCAUCUGCCUAGGCCUGCACCCUGAGCCUGGUUUUCCCUUGGCUCUGGACUUCUGGGGCCUGCACAGAGCACAGUGAUGUUUCUCAUGCUCUAGAGCUGUGGUGCUGGGCAGCUGGGUCUCUUCCCUCCUUAUGGGAGCCUACCUGGGCAGGAUCUUCCUUGGCUCAGCCCUCACUGCUGCACAUUUUGCUCAGGAGAGGGAUGGGAGAAUCCACAUGAUUCUACAUGGAUGGUCGCUCAUUCCUAGUGCUCCUUUAGGACAGAGCUGGCCAGGAGAAGUGAGCCAUCUUGCACCUGCAGGAAGGAUCCUGCCCAGAUGCUGUAGUGGUAGCUGCUGCAGAAAGCAAACACUAAAGGAUUUUUUCUACAAAGGUA